AGCAACAACCAAAGAAAAAACAAAACACCUUACAAACUGUUGAACCUGAAAGCAGUAUGUCCACCAACAACAACAACGAAACUCCACUUAUAGAUGUUGACCCUUCUCUGCUCGAUAAAGAAAAGGGCAAAGAAUGA